AUGAGGAAGAAUGCAUCGUUCGUCUUGUUGAUUUUGGCCUGCUUGUGGCUGUGCCCUCUGCGGGGCAGCGGGCUCUCAUGGAACAUUUUCUCGUCUCCGUCGUCCUCGGCGUCCGGUAACAGGGCGCCGGUGAUGGAGCUCGACGGCGCGGUGGCCGACUUCUCCAUGGACGUCACCAACAACCCGCGAGGGGUGAAGCUGCUGGAGAACGCGCGGAACAAGCUGGCGGGCCCCAAGAACUGCUGGCAGGAGGCGUACCGGAACCUCUUCGCCAGCUGCGGCGAGAUCAUGGCCGACAAGGAGCGGCAGGCCCGCCUGGCGUGGCACCUCAGCAGCUGCUACCAGGAGGACUCGGGCCGCCCGGCCUUCCCGUCCUGCGCCGGCGGCUCCAAGAUGGUGCACUGCCGCAAGAAGCUCGGCGACUCCGAGAGCAAGGUGUUCCUCGAGUUCUUCCUGGAGACCAACACGCUGUGCCACCAGCUGCAGGCGGAGGCCUUCAAGCACAGCACGGAGCGGCUGGUGAACGACCUGACGCGGUCCUCCAAGUCGGCGGAGGAGAACCUGGAGGUGAUUGAGGCGCGGUCGGAGGAGAUCAUCAAGGAGUCCGGGAAGGUGCAGGACGCGCUGUCGUCCAUCGAGGCGCAGGCGGACCGCCUCGCGGAGACGUCCAAGGGCGUGGGCGCGCAGAUCGACGACGUGCUGGCGCACUCCAGGACCAUCUCCGAUCAGUCCAAGGAGAUCGCCGCCUCUCAGGCGGAGCUCAAGGAAGGGCAGGCCGAGAUGAGGAAGAAGAUCGAGGCCGGCAUGGAGCGCAUCCAGGAGUCGUACGAUCAGCUGGGGGACGGGAUGGGGAAGCUCACCGAGGAGGCCGUGGGCAUUCAGAAAGAGAUUGGAACUGUCGGCGACCUGAUGUCUUCCAAGAUGCUGGUUCUGCAGGGCACCGCGGAUGAGAUUGGGAGUGUGGCGGGCAAAUCACUCGAGAAUCAGAUGCAGCUGUUGGAUGGGCAGAACAAGGCCAUGGAUGGAUUGACUAGCCUCCACACCUUUCAGUCACAGGCUCUCGAGGAAAGCAGGGAAACAUUGGAGAAACUUGCACUGUUUGGGCAGCGUCAGGAGGAGUUCAGAGCGAAGCAGGCUAACAUCUUCGCGGCGCUGGACAAGCUCUACAUCCUCCACAACGCCAUUCUAGCAGAGUCCCGCUUCAUCAAGGCCUUCUUCUUCUACUGCUGCAUCGUCUUCCUCAUCUACAUGCUCACCAGCGCCAAGCAGACGUUCAGCAUCAGAGGCCAACUCUACUUCGGUUUGUGCAUCACGCUCCUGCUAGAGAUGGGCCUGAUCAAGUUCGCAGCCGGCAACUUCGACAACCUGUUCUGGGUCCUGUCCAAGGUGUUCUUGGUCAGAUUGUUGUUCCUGGCUGCCGCCACUAUUCAGAUAUUGCAUUCCAUAUUCACAUUCAGGGACUACGAAGUUCUGAACCACCGGCUGCUCCAGACGCUGGUGGAGAAGGUCCGGACACUGGAGGAGAAUGCAGGCGACAGGAUGCUCUCGUACGGCUCGGAGAGCGACGAGAGCCUGAGGAAUUACUCGUGGGUCUUCGACGAGCUGACGGAUGAGGCGGACAGCACAGUCGACCCUAACUACGCCUUGCCGGAGCAAACUCGCCGAAGGUACAACGCCUUGCCGGAAGAGGUCGCCGAGAACUCCAUCACCACGUCGGGUAGCCGGAGGUACAACCUGCGGCGGCGGAGCAAGCAGUGA